AGCCGGAGACAGGAAAGCUGAGCUCCCCGCACUACCUUUCCCUAUAUAACUGAAUGGGAGGCAGUACCUGCUCGCACAAUGGGAAGCUUUGAGCAGAGAAAUUGAUAAUCUUCAUGGAAGAGUAAUUUGAAUGAAAUUCCACUUGACAGGCUGUCUCCGAGCAGAAGCCAGGCAGUGAGGGAGUGCGAGGAGCCCCCAAGGCUGUAGGUGCACAGCCACAUAUACACUGUAGCUACAGCUCAGCUCCUUAGUAGAUCCUUUCCAGCAAGCCAGAGAGGUGGACAUGGAGGAGAACAUGGAAGAAGGACAGACACAGAAAGGUUGCUUCGAAUGCUGCAUAAAAUGCCUUGGGGGGAUUCCAUAUGCCUCAUUGAUUGCCACGAUCUUGCUCUAUGCCGGGGUUGCACUGUUCUGUGGCUGUGGUCACGAGGCUCUAUCAGGCACUGUCAACAUUCUGCAGUCCUAUUUUGAAGUGGCAAGGACUGCCGGGGACACGCUUGACGUCUUUACCAUGAUUGAUAUCUUCAAGUAUGUCAUCUAUGGGAUUGCAGCUGCUUUCUUUGUCUAUGGCAUAUUGCUGAUGGUAGAAGGAUUCUUUACAACCGGUGCCAUUAAGGAUCUCUAUGGGGAUUUCAAAAUCACAACUUGCGGGAGAUGUGUGAGUGCUUGGUUUAUUAUGCUGACGUACCUCUUCAUGCUAGCCUGGCUUGGUGUCACAGCGUUCACCUCUCUACCUGUCUACAUGUACUUCAAUAUUUGGACAGUUUGCCGGAAUACCACAUUACUUAACGAAGCUAGCUUCUGUUUGGAUCUUCGUCAGUUUGGUAUUGUUACUCUUGGUGAGGAAAAGAAAUUGUGUACCUCUUCUGAUAGCUUCCUGAGGAUGUGUGAAUCUACUGAUCUGAACAUGACUUUCCAUCUCUUUAUUGUUGCUUUGGCUGGAGCUGGAGCUGCAGUUAUUGCUAUGGUCCACUACCUGAUGGUGCUAUCUGCUAACUGGGCCUAUGUGAAAGAUGCAUGCCGAAUGCAGAAAUAUGAGGACAUCAAAUCCAAGGAAGAACAGGAACUGCAUGACAUCCACUCAACCCGCUCUAAAGAGCGACUCAAUGCUUACACAUAAAACUAACCUCCCACGUCUUUGUACCAUUUCAGUUCUUUGUUGUUUCAACUAACAGCCUCCCUUCCAUUGUAAAAUAUAAAUGAAGUGCUUUUCCUAAAGAUAGGUUAAAUGCCACCUAUCUACAUAACCUUGAUUGACCAGCACUUUGCAUCUUCACAGUGGUCUGUGCGACAAUGUCAUAUAAUAUGGAACACCCUUAUAGUCUUUCCUAAAUUGUCAUAAGGUGACUGGUUUCUUAGAUAAAGAAAAUUAACUGUUAAAUAAAGAUGUUUGUUUCCUUUUUUAACCACUUUAUAUGUGUUUUACAUAAAACAUUUUGCAUUGUUUCCUAUGUUUUUAAGAUAAAGCUUUUUAUACUUUUUAGUUUUGAGUUUCAAAAUCUACUUAUACUGUACCUACAGGUAAACGUCAAAGGGAUCGUUGUACAGAAGCAUGUACAAUAAUAUGCUUACUGCUCUAAGUUCUAAACCAUGCAUGGACUGUUCAGGCUUCUUAGUAGUGUUUGGCCCUAUGAGUAGUCAUAGGUGUAAUUUCUGUUAGGCAGGCUUAGAGGUGCUUCUUUAUUGUUGUUAUGUAUCAGUAUAAUAUAUGCUAUUGGAACCUCUGGCAACUACAGUGACCUAGUCAUCUGUAUACUGUGUGAGCAUGCAUAUUGUGAGGAUAGUGCAUGGGCACGCCCCAUUUAAAUGACAUCUUAUGCCCAAUUUUAAUCAAACAUGUAAGUCGUGUUUAACCAACAGAUAAUCUAUAGCUGAAAUUCAUAUGUAGGCAUCUAGUUAUUAUUUAACCCUUGUUUUUUUUUUAUUUGUUGUAAAAUAAAUGUCAUGCUAUCAACUGAAUUCAAUGUUUUCUCACAUAUUAUUUCAUAAAUUGUCUAAAAUGUGAAAUAUUAUUGGGUAUGCAGAUUUCUACCCCUUACUGGCCGUGGAUCUUUCUAUGUAGUUCAACUUUGAGAUCAUUCCAGGAAACCGAUGUACUGUACAAGUUUUUCAGUGAAACGCUACAUAGGGUUUUAACAUAACAGUGUUACUGGACCAAAUUUGCUGUUUUCAUCUGUUCUGCCUCGUGGAAUGCUCUGGGAAUGCUGUGAAGUGUCUUUAUAACAUUCAGGCAAGAAUUUUGUCAGUGGUUAAACAGAAUCAAAUAUUGUUUUGUGCACUUUAUUGAUGAAUUGUGUGACCGUUCAGUGUUAGUGCAUUGCUCAUUUUGAUAGCUCUUGGGGUUCAUUCACUACUUUUCUCUGUUUUUUUCCUAUUUCGCUUGCAUUGAAAUUUUUUUGUACUUAUAGUAAUGGAGUAGUUGUUGGUGGAAAUUUAGUAAGUGACAAUAUUGGACUAUGGGGUGUUGCAUUUUACACAUGGAAUUUUAUCCCUAUACAUGUAAGUGACCAUGUAGAUGCUCCUGCUAUGAUUUGUGCUGAAACUAUCAUAAAAAACUGAGAUAUGUGUGACAACACAUACACUUGUGGUAUUACGCAGCGUGUAACACGUUCAUCAUUCUGCACAAGAAAACAUCUAGCUUUGUUGCAGUGUCUCUCCGGGGCUUGGCCAAUUUAGCUUCACAUUACAAAAUAGAAUAGUGCAUGCUAAUAGGAUAAUCUAUUUCUUGGUUGUUUUAGUACUUAGCUUUAGGUUGCUUUUCUUAUUGAUCUGUCUAAUGCAGAGAACUAUAAUGAAAUGAAUAGCCCACUUUAAAGCGGUAUUCUAAUUGUACCAUCUUUACCCAAUGAUAUGACAAAAUAGCUUAGGAUAGUUGUGUUUAUGAGAUAGACUGCCUUCAUUUUCUAAAUCUGGACUUUAGGAUAAGAGGUAACCUACAUGUAGACCUAGUUUCCUUUUUCCUCACAGGAAGUCUGUCAUCUCCAAAUGUGGUAUCAAAAUAAGCAUGCCACUAUGUGGGAUAAGCCUCCCAAUUGCCCUGCUUGUCUUGUGAAAUCAAAUGCUCUAUUCUUAAAAAAAAUGCUUAUUUUUAUACAGAUAGGGUUUGCACAGAGUGGGGCCGAUUCAUUUGGUGCACCAUCGGUUCACCAGUCAUGCCAACCAGUGCCUCUCCCUCUGUUCGAGAGUCUAUGACAUUUAGGGAUGAUGUAGGGUGCACCAAAUGGACUGGCCCCACCCAUGGUACACCAAAAACCUUAUUUGCAUAAAAAUUAUCAGAAUCAGAUUUUCACAACAAAAGCAAAGUAAUGUUCUGAGAUACCUACCCCACAUAGCAAUAUGCUUACUUUGAAACCACUUUUCUCAGGAUAAGGGCAUCAGAGUUUCACAAAAAAAAAAGUUUAGUUAUGUUUCAGGGUGCCUACCCUACAUGGUGGUGUGCUUACUUAGAAACUGAUGAUUAAUCAUCAAAGAAGAACAUUACUGCUUCUCAGGGUUCCUAUGGCCAAUGAUGUUUUAUGGAUUAGGAACACAAAGCUGCGUAUGGAUAAGCCUGUUAUGAUCACUUUAUGCACACCCUGAAAUCAUACUCAGUACUGCAAAGCCCCUAACACACUAAACCAUGUACUUCUCAUCACAGUGAAGUCAAUAGUUUUGUUGAAUGCACCACAAGUUAUGAUGGUAGCAGCUGCAGUUGGGUAGUUAUGGUUUGGCAUAAAAUGGGUCAUUGGUGUUGUUUGCCAUAUUCUUAUAUUAAAGAAAGGAGGCAAGUAUUCUUAUGGGAAUGCAAUGGAAUAUUCAGAGUAUCUUCUCAGUUAUGUAAAGUGGGUGAGUCUUUAUCGGUUGGUUUGUACAGAAUAUGUUUUUCAACUAACAACAUUGCUACAUUCUUUAUAUUAAGGAAUCAUGUACACUUAAAGGGAACCUGUCACAUUAAACAAUUACUCACAUCUGUCAGUAGUCUGUUACAGAGCGGGAGGAGCUGAGCAGAUUGGCUCGUAGUUUUGUGGGAAAAGAUUUAGUAUAACAUGUAUUUUAUUAAUUUCUAUCCCUGCUCUUCGAUGUGUAGGAGUCUGGAAGAUGGGGCUACUCAGUGAUUGCCAGCCAGUCCUUGACUGUGCAUACAGAGAUAGCUAUCAGUAACAGUAGGGUCAUCAUCCAUUCCUGAACAGGAAUUGAAAUUAAUAAAAUACAAUUUAUACAAAAUCUGUUCCCACAAAUGUAUAUAUCAAUCUGUUCAGCAUCUCCUGCUCUGUAAUAUGCUACCCACGGAUCAGACUGCAUCAUCUGUGGUAAAACGGGACAGGUUCUUUUUAAAGAAAUUCUCCAGUCAGAAACUGAAAAAUCCUUUUUUGACUUGCUUGUAACUUCUUACUUUAAGGCCAGAGGAACCUUUAUUUGUGGUAUAAAUAAGUUCCUGUAGUAAGCUGUGAUAGUAGUUCUGAAAUACUGCCAUUCAACCAUCUGCAUAAGAAGAUUCUUCCUGUGCAUGUGAAAAGAUGGUAAGAGUAUUUGGAGGGGAAGAGUGGCCAAUCAUAGGUCAAAAACAAGUUUUUCCAUGUAUGUUUCGAGAUAUUCUUUCAUACAGACAGCAACAAUUAUUAUUCAAUUAUGGCAAUAAAUCCAUUGAAACUAUAAGAAUUAUCAAAGUUCAUUAUCAGUGUGUCUUUUAAAUUAUAAUUUUAAAUAACAGUUUUUCAUUUUACACAGGAAAAGUGGCUUAAUGAAUUGUUUAUUAACCACCAAAAGAAUGACCUGUGGGAAAUAAGUUAGCAAUUUUAUUAUUCCCCACCCCCAAGAAAACAUUUUUUUCACUAAAUAUACUCAUUCAUGAUGAGGAUUUUGGUAAAGAAGUUCACUAAGCAUAAUGCUACUAUAGUUACCCGUUGCAUGCUUGAACAUUUAGUAGUGAUAGCUAGAUUUUGUUUUGACAUUUAUGUCCGUCAACAGUUCUCAAAUUUGUGCAGUAUUGAAAAAAAAUCUUUUCAAAAAUAUUCUUCUAAACCUCUUUUAAAUUCUAUAUUGUAGUGUUUCGGUUUUGUGUCUCAAACAGUUUGUGAUUUUUAACAAAUGUCCUAUGGAUCAGUGUAAUAAUGUUGAUGCUUUUUGGCUUUCCUCUGGUACUAGAGUUUGUAUUUUCACAAAGAAUGCUUUGUAGCAGGCAUUAUAAUUAAUCUGUUUUGUACAUAAAUGUGCCAACAGCUUCAUGGUGGCGUUUUUGAAAUGUAGAACAAAGUGCUUGCAAAAUGUA